CGCAGGGCUCUCACUGCAGAGAACAAGAGGAAACGUACAGGCUGGGAGGAAGGAACUGAUACCUCUCAAGACUACAAGAGAGAAGAAGAGACAAAGAGCAGGGGAAGAAACGGUUGAUCAGAAGACAAACAACAGAGGAGGAGGAGAGAAAGAAGUGGACAAGGUUUUACUGCUUGUUUCUUGGACAUUCAAUAAUUUAUCGUCUGACUCAUUUUGCCUCAUCGAUCACAACUUUGUUUGAUGUAAAGGACGGUAUUUUUCCUCCAACCUCUCCAACUAUCUGACUCCUUUGGGCAGUUCCAGCCAUACCUGCUUCUAAACUUCGCGGAUGUGCUUGUGAUUUUGUGUCUUUGGGCGUGGGAGCAUCUUAUUCUGACUGAGUGAAGAAACGUGUGUCUUCACAGGUAGAUGUGGAAGUGAAUACACACUGUUUGUUUUUAAUCUCCAGUUGAAACUUCACUUUGAUCAACUAUCCCAAUUCGUUUUCACCUUCACCUUCAUCAUGAUGUAUGUCACAAAAACUACUGAGACCGACUCCUCUUCGCUUUAAGGAUUGUGCUCCACACUAUAGCAAUUUUACAUCCUGAAGGAGCAUCUGCAAGUUCAACCCUUUUUUUUUUUUUAAAUACACUGGAGGAAGCAUUUUUGUCUGUGGUGAAGCCCCUUCCCCAUCUGCCCCAUUGGCCCCUGCCUCUACCUCAGGAUGGCUGGCUGUACCAGACGCUGCAGGCAGGGGGUGCUCAAGUUAAUCCAGUCCCUGCAGAGAUUGGUCUCAGGCACCCUCGUAAAAGAUAGCAUCGAUGAGGAGCUGGAGAUGACGAUGGUGUCUCACCGACCAGAGGGUCUCGAGCAACUGGAGGCCCAGACCAACUUCUCCAAACAGGAGCUGCAGAUCCUCUAUCGUGGAUUCAAGAAUGAAUGUCCGAGUGGAAUGGUGAAUGAGGAGACAUUCAAACACAUUUAUGCACAGUUCUUCCCUCAUGGAGACGCAAGCAUGUAUGCACAUUAUCUUUUCAACGCAUUCGACACCACAAACAAUGGCUCCAUUAAAUUUAAGGACUUUGUAAUGGGCUUGUCCACACUGCUGCGGGGGACUCUGAGGGAAAAGCUGGAGUGGACGUUUCACCUGUAUGACAUUAACAAUGAUGGAUACAUAAACAGAGAGGAGAUGACUGAGAUUGUGAGGGCCAUUUAUAACAUGAUGGGAAAGUACACCUACCCUGCACUAAAAGGGGAUGUCCCACAGCAGCACGUGGACGCCUUCUUUCAGAAAAUGGACAAAAACAAAGAUGGAGUGUUGACUUUAGAGGAGUUUGUUAUAGCCUGUCAGGAGGAUGAGACCAUGAUGAGAUCCAUGCAGCUGUUUGAGAACGUGAUGUAAGCCGAGACGAUGGGAGACGCAGACAUGGCCAACGAAUAGGGGCUCGGUGUGAGUGCAUGUGCGUGGAUGCAUAUGUGCAAUGCAUCCGGUCCCUCCUCCUCUCCCCCCAUCUCAUCCAGCUGUCGUCUGGAUACACACAGCCGGGGUAAAACCUUGCACACACGUGAAUAAGGGACUGGACUGGAAUGCUUUUAAAAAACAGCCCUUCCUAUGGAGUUCCACCACACAAUACCUUUACAGAGUGGCUGAGAGGCCUCGGACAUAAACACAUCACUCUUCUUGAUUCUGUAUGGAAGAUUGAAGAUUGACCUGUUGCAGAUAAAGAUGCAUUACAAGGCUGCUCCUGACCAGCAAAAAGCUAUUUGUUCAACCAGCAGAACUAUUUGUUUCCUUUUUUCUUGUGGCCAAAAAAUAAAUGCAUGCUUUUGCAAGAGCGUUUGAUUUUUCCACCCCUGCAAUGACCUACCCUGUACUGUUUGUUUUGGCCUGGCUGUUGCUUUCCUGCUGAGUCAAAUCAAUGCUUGUUGUCAUGUGUCUGUCUAAAGCUUUCAGUAGAAAAUAGUACGAUUUCGAAAGCAGCACAUUUCGUGGGGUCUUUUUUGUGCGUGAGUGUGUCUGUCCAUCUCUGUUUGAUCUAAGGUUUUAGUGAAAAAGAAGGAAAGAAGAAGUGGAUCCAUUCGUUUAUAUUUUCACCUGCUGUUUUGCUUCUUGUGAAGAACUCGAUGUGUUGUCUAAUAAAGGUAUUGUGGAAAAGUGUAUAAACAUUCUAUGACAAUGUGCAAUUCUAAGAUGUUAAAUAAUAGUGAAGAAUCUUAAAUUAGAAAAACCAAUGACUUAGUUUUGCACUUGGAGACGGAAACAGGGAUGUGAAUAACAUAUGACAUUUGUAUGUCAUACCGAUCUCUCGAUGGUGGUCGCUGGAUGGAAACAAGCUUUGAGAAAAGUCGUGAGAAAGUUGCAAGGAAACACGACUGAUAGUCAGCUUUGGAAUGUGAUAUUUGGAAGACGCUGAGGACGGCUCCAUCUGUACAUGUGAACAGGUUGUGCUGCUUCCUCCCAUCCGAACCCAAUCUGUGAUGUCACGCUGAUGUAUACAGGCGACUGUUGCAGCUCCAUGCAGAUGGUUUGCUGUGAGUCACAGUGCUUCUGAAAGCACGACUGUGAUAGAAAAGUCACAAGGCUAUAGUAGUUUAGGCUUGGAAAUAUUAAUUGCUGUUCUUUUCGCCAUCAGUGGAGCAGCUCUUUGCUUAAGAUACGUCUGCAAGACAUCACAGCCCCUCCCUUCCCCCUGCAGAUCUCUGAUACCUUGGUUGGAGCAGAGUUGUUAUAUCUCACAAUCUAAAUGAUGCUAAGCCAUAAGAUAAUAAAUAUGUAAAUUCUCAAA